AUGUCGCGUGGAGUUCUGUUAGAGGCGCUGGCCCGCAACAGACAGCCCAAGGUGAUUACAUUUGACGCGUACAAUUGCCUGUUCAGCACGCGCCUUCCGGUGGCAGAGCAGUAUAGCGCUGUGGGCCGCAGACAUGGGGUUGAUGUUGCACCAAGUGUGCUGGCAGCUAGGUUUCCGGCAGUGUUCCGGGAGACUAGCGCGCGGCACCCGGACUACGGAAAAUACACGGGACUGUCGGUCCAGGGGUGGUGGACGCUGGUGAUCCAGAGGUUGUUUAAGCCGGCGGAAGUGGGCGAGAAGAUGGUGGCGGAGAUCUUGCAGCGCUUCCAGGGGCAUGGGGCAUACAAGGUUUUCCCGGACGCGCUGUGGCUGCUGGAGGAGCUGCGUGUGCGCCGGCCAGAGGUGGUGGUGGGGGUGCUCAGCAACUCGGACCCAACGAUGCGACAGGUGCUUCUGAACCUGGGUCUUGGGAGCUACUUCACGGACGCGAUCUACCUGUCUUACGAUCUGGGGGCGAAGAAGCCAGAGCGCCGCGCCUUCGAUGCGGCACUGGAGCGGAUACUGGAGCGCAAUCCUCAGCUGCUGGGGGACCUAGGCGCGGAGGAACUCCGCGCCGCCUGCUGGCACGUGGGUGACGAAAAGUCGGCCGACCUGUGCGGCGCCACCGGGGCCGGAUGGAACGGCAUUCUAGUAGAUCGCCAGGAUAUUUACGGCCAACUCGGGCAGGGGAGUGCCGUUGCACUGGGCCUGAAUCAGUUCGUCGUUCCCGACUUCUAUACAGUGGGAAAGCUCUUUGGCCUAGCAUACAACAUAUAG